GGCAGUGGAUCGUUAGACUUUCCGUGCUGGAAAAGAAAACUCGUUUCUUUUAUCACCUCCUGAAGUAGCACUAGCAAGCUGUAGUUGAAAGGAGAGCCACAGAAUAGCUGCGAAACAUGAGUGGAGGCGCAAUGCUGCGCUGCCUGAUCGCGCUCUUUAGCGCUUGGUAUGGUGUUGUGGCGGCCGGCCGCGAGCCAAACGCCUCUCCGAACUUCGUGGUUCUGUUCGCCGAUGACAUGGGCUAUGGUGACUUAUCAGUGAACGGACAUCCAACCAUCCGUACACCUAACAUUGAUCAACUUGCCCAUGGAGGCAUUCGCUUUUCCCAAUGGUACUCAGCAUUCCAUGUCUGCUCUCCAUCUAGAGCAGCCAUGUUGACUGGAAGAUUGCCAAUUCGUUCAGGCACUACCGGUGCUGGCUGGACAGGUGGUGUGUUUGGAGCCUCGGCAGUUGGUGGUCUGCCUCACAAUGAAACUACAUUCGCUGAGGCACUGAAGACUGCCGGAUAUGCUACAGGAAUGGUGGGAAAGUGGCAUCUUGGCCAGAAGCCAGAGUUUCUGCCCACCAACAAUGGAUUUGACGAGUACUUUGGUCUACCUUACUCAGAUGACAUGGGAAGCAGUGCCUGGUCACACUACGACCGAGGCGACAGACCCCCUCUACCGCUGCUGCACAAUACCACAAUAAUUGAGCAGCCAACGGAUCUUGGUACGCUUACACAGCGCUAUGCCCAGUACGCAUCUGACUACAUCAAUCGCAAGAAAGAUGAGAAGUUUGUCCUGUACAUGGCCUUCAGUCAUGUGCACACUCCCAACUUCGUCUCCAAGGAGUUCUGCAACACCAGUGCCAGGGGAAAGUUUGGAGACGCCGCUGCAGAGAUGGACAACGCUGUUGGUGUGAUCAUGAAAGCUCUUGAUGAUGCUGGAGUUCGCAAUAAUACUCUGACUUUCUUCACAAGUGAUAAUGGACCCUGGUUGAUACAGAAACUGGAAGGAGGCAGUGCGGGUCCUUUCUAUGAAGGCAAGACAACAACCUGGGAAGGUGGCAUACGCGAACCAGGCAUUGCUAACUGGCCAGGGACAAUUGCGCCUGGGAGAAUUGCACAGCAAGUUGUCGCCACAUAUGACAUCUUCCCAACCAUGAUGAAGCUGGCCGGCGUGCCACCUCCCAAGGAUCGCAUCAUUGACGGCAAGGACAUGUCACCAAUCUUCAGCGACCCCACCGUAGCAAGUCAACAUGAUUGUAUCUACAUCUACAAGGGAACACCUAACGGAGAUGCUCAGCCUGGCUUGUGGGCUGUCCGCUGUGGAUCAUACAAGGCUCAUUUCGUCACCAACAACCACAUCAACACCACAGCUGUCAUGCAUGACCCACCACUGCUCUAUCAUGUAGAGAGAGAUGCCACCGAGGUCUACGCACUCGACCCAAAGUCUACCGAGUACUUGAGCAACAUGGCAACAAUCAUGGCCGCCAGGCAAGCUCAUCUGGCCUCUCUAAAACAUGUGCCGAAUCAAAUGGCCAUGGGAGAAGAUCCAAAGCAGAAGCUAUGCUGUGACUGGGACAGCAAAAAGAAGUAUCCCAAGUAUCAGGAGUGUACGUGCAACCCUGACAACUGGGAGGCAUGGACGUGCGGAAGGCCCAUCCUGCAAGCUCUCACCACACCCAAUCUUCAAUGAAUGUGUCAUCAAUUUUAAUUAUUGUAUUUAUACGCGUAUUCGUAUGUUCUGAGUGAGAAAAGUACAUCAAUCGUACUUGAAUUAUGCGCCAAACACAUUAUCGCCUCCACCUGGGCGUUCUAGCCUAUGAUGCAAACUGCCACAUUAAACAUAAUGUAGUGAUCAGUGCAGUGGUGUGCCGUUCUCAGAAUUCUUCACUGUCUAUGCUUCCAUAGUUCAGCAACUGUUGUCCUCGUGUGAAUUUUUGUUUCGUUUCAUACCGCUUAGCACAUUGAUGUCCGUUUGUCGCAAUGUUCAUUUUUUUGGAAGCUUCAUAAGCGAAAUCCUCAAUGGAAUUUGGUUUGGCUAAGCAAGCCCUGUAUCGUA